CCGCUACAGACAGGGCAGACUGAUGAGACCUCUCCGUGAGCCAAGGAGACAUUGACUUAAAGCAGACGCGGCCAAUGCAGGGAGUGGAUGGUGGGGUGUGUGAGUGAGGCUUGGAGGGAGGGCGGCAGGAGAAGAGGAGAGCUCAGGCAGCUGCAUUGCUGUUCCCCCGAAGUCCCCUUCCCCCAGUAUGCUGGGGUGCGUGGGGUCCCACUCAGGAAAGCUUGGGGAGGUGGUGCCCCUGUGCUGAAGAGGAGGUGGGGGGCUGCCUGAUCCACAGAGAGGUGGAGCUGUCCACUGCAGAAGCUGCUGGCGAGGGGCAAUCCACGCGGGAUCGUGGGGUCUCUUGGUGACGAAGACGUGCUCAGGAUGCACCAGCUGAGAUUGCGUUUGACUUGAUCGCUUCUGGGGGUCUACCUGCGUCCCUGCGACCACCACUGACUGCUCCGACCCCCCCCCCACUCUCUGCACCUGUCUGCCGCAGCCCCAUUUUUUUUUUUUUGCGUUUUUGCGUGGAUUUGCAAACCGAGUUACAUGCAUGUCAAGUGGGGGAAGAUUUAAUUUUGAUGAUGGGGGCUCGUACUGCGGCGGGUGGCAGGAUGGCAAGGCUCACGGACACGGGGUCUGCACCGGUCCCAAGGGGCAGGGCGAGUACUCGGGCUCGUGGAGUCACGGAUUCGAGGUGCUGGGCGUCUACACCUGGCCGAGUGGCAACACCUACCAGGGCACCUGGGCACAGGGCAAGCGGCACGGCAUCGGGGUGGAGAGCAAGGGCAAGUGGGUGUACAGAGGGGAGUGGACGAACGGGUUUAAAGGGCGCUAUGGGCUCCGGGAGUGCACGGGCAGCGGAGCCAAGUACGAGGGCACGUGGACUAACGGGCUGCAGGAUGGCUACGGCACGGAGACCUACUCUGAUGGAGGUACCUACCAAGGCCAGUGGGCUGGUGGGAUACGCCAGGGGUAUGGCGUACGUCAGAGUGUCCCCUAUGGAAUGGCUGCGGUUAUCAGGUCCCCUCUUAGGACCUCUAUAAACUCGCUCCGAAGUGAGCACACAAAUGGGACGGCGCUGCACCCCGAUGCCUCCUGCGCAGCAGCUGGCAGCCCGGCUGUGUCUAGAGGCGGAUUUGUGUUGAUGGCGCACAGUGAUGCCGAGAUACUGAAGAAUAAGAAAAAAGGUAUCUUCAGGAGGUCCAUCCUCAGUGGACUAAAGCUGCGUAAAUCAGAGUCCAAGAGCUCCCUGGCCAGCCAAAGGAGCAAGCAGAGCUCAUUCCGCAGCGAGGCUGGCAUGAGCACCGUCAGCUCCACCGCAAGCGACAUUAACUCCACCAUCAGCUUGGGUGAGGGCGAGACGGAGCUUUCUGUCAUCGAGGACGACAUUGAUGCCACCACCACAGAGGUCUACUUGGGAGAGUGGAAGCACGACAAACGCUCUGGCUUUGGCGUGAGCCAGCGCUCUGACGGCCUGAAAUACGAGGGAGAGUGGGCUAACAAUAAACGCCAUGGUUACGGUUGCAUGACGUUUCCCGAUGGAACCAAGGAAGAAGGGAAGUACAAGCAGAAUGUUCUUGUCAGUGGGAAAAGGAAGAAUCUGAUCCCGCUCAGAGCCAGCAAGAUCCGGGAGAAGGUAGAUCGGGCCGUCGAGGCAGCCGAGAGAGCAAGCAAUAUCUCCAAGCAGAAAGCAGAGAUCGCUGCUUCAAGGACAUCUCACUCCAGGGCAAAAGCAGAGGCCGCUACGACGGCCGCCCUCAAGGCGCAGGAGGAAGCUCAGAUUGCCAGAAUCGCUGCCAAAGAAUACUCUCCAUCCUUCCAGCAUCGAGAAAAUGGGCUUAAAUAUCAGCGGCCUAAACACCAGAACUCGAGCGACGAUAUUGAGGUGAUUUCCACAGAGACCCCACCUCAACAGGACAGCCCCGAACUUUACAGGAAGGGGACCACCCCAUCAGAUGUGACCCCUGAUGACAGCCCUAUGAGAAGCCCGCUGUGCAGCCCACCGUCCACUCCGCCUGCCCCUCAACCGGUGCCCAAGACAAGAACCAAAACCGCACACUUCUCCAGGCAACUGUCCGUGGACGAGGAUCGGGGAGGGGACAUUCAGAUGCUGCUGGAGGGACGGGGUGGGGAAUAUGUCAGACCCAACAACUGGAGCGAGGUUGGAGGGGGCAGAAUAGGGAUUGCACAAGGCAGCCCUUUGGGCCCAUGUUCCAUCCCCGAAGAUCUCAUAGUAAAGAGCACUGGCCACAAACACGUGGUUUCUAACCACAAGCCAAGAGAAAGGUGGGCAGACUCCUCUACCACGGUAUCAUGGACUUCCCAUCGGACACACAACCACAGUCCAGGUAGCAACAAACUACUGGAGGUGGACGAGGAGAAGUUGAGCAACUAUGAGAUGGAGAUGAAGCCCUUGAAGAGGAUGGAUUCUUAUAUGCAAGAGAUACACACCCAAAAAAGACACUACAGCAAAGGUGUGCCUCGGAACCCAACCGAAGGCCAUCACCAAGAGGAUCGCGUAUACGGGGUCCAGAGACUUAGAUCUAAACCUCAGAACAAAGAGAACUUCAGGCUGGCAGCUUGUGCCGAGCCCACAGUGCAGAAACUGGAUACACUGCGGUUUGGGGAGAAAGGGGAAUCUCGGCUACUCAGAAGAGACCUGACCCUUUCUCCACCGCAAAAAUCUUUACCUGUUGCACUAGAAUCCGACGAGGAGAAUCCGGCGGAGCUCAAACCCACGGGCUCCGCUCCCAUCCUGGUAGUCAUGGUGAUUUUGCUAAACAUUGGAGUCGCCAUUUUGUUUAUCCACUUUUUCAUUUGAUGGAACUGCUCCACCGUUUGCAAAAAAAAAGAAAAAAAAGAAAAUAAUAAUUAAGUCAUCAAAAUAAAAAAAAAAUUUGGAAAAAUCAAAACUAAUAAAAAAAAAAAAAUACAGUUCUAAAACCUUGGACGCUGCUUUAGAGCCAGGAAUGCAAUUGUGGCUCUCCCAUUGGCUGAUUUUUGGAUGGAAACCUCAACAUUUUAUUAUUCUUUCAUUACAUUUAUUUUAUUCUUCCAAAAAGAACAGAAAUUGAGUUUUUAAUCACGGUUUGCCUUUUUUUCCCUGGAUAAUGUCUUUUUAAUUUUGGGGGGGUUAUGUAUUUUUUUUGUUUUUCUGCUUGUUUAGGCAUGAGAGAAUGCAAAAAAAGAUAUUGACAUUUCUAAUCCCCCCCCCAGUCUGUUCUCCCCUGAAAGUUGCAUUAAAAACGUGCGUGAUGGGUAAAAAGAUCAAA